AUGUCCCAAUUAAGUAGCUCCAAUUUGAAUGCUUUAAAUAGUCACAAUAACAAUACUACAGGGAACAAUGACAUUAAUAUCAUACUAGACACGUUUAUUGCUAAAUUAAAAAGAAAACAAAUUGUUGGAUCAUAUCACAUCGCAUUAGAAACAUUACAAUUAUUGAAAAGAUUCGUGUCUGCAGCACGUUGGUCACAUGUCAAUGAAUUAAUAGCUCAACUUAGAGAAUUAGGUUUGCAAUUAGAAAAAGCUCAACCAACCGCAUUUUCAUGUGGUAACAUCAUUAGAAGAUUGCUUACAAUAUUAAGAGAUGAAAUGGAAGAGGAAGCUCAAGAACUAGCAAACAAAAACGGUUUGAAUGAUAAUAACAACAAUAAUAGUUCCACUUCAGAACCUUUGAUUUCAUCCAUGUUUAACCUUUUACAAAAACCAGAAGAGAUUAAGCCAACUACAAAGAUCUUAUCAUCACGUAAUAAAAAGACUAAAACAGAUUACAGACAAAUUGCAAUUCAAGGUAUUAAAGAUUUAAUUGAUGAGCUUACCAACAUAGAUGAUGGUAUUCAACAGAUUGCCAUUGAUUUGAUUCACGACCAUGAAUUAUUACUAACUCCUACUCCUGAAUCUAAAACAGUAUUGAAAUUUUUAAUAAGAGCUCGUGAAAAAGCCAAUAGAACUUUUACAGUAUUAGUCACUGAGGGGUUCCCCAACAAUACUAACAAUGCACAUGAAUUUGCCAAGAAAUUAGCACAACAUGAUAUUGAAACAAUCAUUAUCCCAGAUUCUGCUGUAUUUGCAUUAAUGUCUCGGGUUGGGAAAGUUAUCAUCGGUACUAAAGCAGUCUUUGUUAAUGGUGGAUCAAUUGCAUCUAGCUCGGGUGUAUCCUCUGUAUGUGAAUGUGCUCGUGAAUUUAGGACACCUGUUUUUGCAGUUGCUGGUCUUUAUAAACUAUCUCCGUUGUAUCCAUUUAAUAUAGAGAAGUCUGUUGAAUUUGGUGGAUCCCAUGAAGUUCUACCUAAGAUGAAUCCUGCCUAUAGAUUAGAUGCCAUUAACAAAACAACUGCGUAUGUUCCUCCAGAGAAUAUUGAUAUUUAUAUUACAAACAUUGGUGGGUUUGCACCCAGUUUCAUAUAUAGAAUUGCUUGGGAUAACUAUAAACAAAUCGAUGUUAAUCUAGAUAAUAAAUCUCUUUUAACUGAAUCUGUUAAGGUAUAA